UGUAGGCUCCCCCCGAAACGUCACCAUCCAUCCAUCCUCUCAAAACCAAAGCUGAUAAAAGUUCUCUCUGGAUCUCGCGAGAUCCAAACCAAAUCGAAGAAGAAAGAGACACACACAGCCUUAGGGUUAGCUUACGAUCGAAUCUCCACUUUUGUCUGAAGCUCCUCCAGUUUUGUCUAAUCAAUGGCGGCUUUUAUCAAUCUCGAGGAUUCCCCAAUGUUUCAGAAACAGGUUUGCUCCUUGGAGGAGACAGCUGAUGAGCUUAAAGAUCGUUGUCAGAAGCUAUACAAAGGUGUCAAGAAGUUCAUGGGAGCAUUAGGAGAGGCAUCCACUGGGGAUACUGCAUUUGCGGAUUCCUUGGAAGCGUUUGGUGCAGGACAUGAUGACCCUGUCAGUGUUUCAAUUGGAGGUCCUGUUAUAUCCAAAUUCAUAAAUAUACUUCGGGAGCUUGGCUCUUAUAAGGAGUUCCUUCGCUCCCAGGUGGAGCACGUGUUACUUGAGAGGUUGACAAACUUUUUGAACGUUGAUCUACAAGAGGCAAAGGAGUCCCGCCGACGCUUUGAUAAAGCUGUUCAUUCUUAUGAUCAGGCUCGUGAAAAGUUUGUGUCAUUGAAGAAGAAUACAAGAGGAGACAUUGUUGCUGAGUUGGAGGAGGAUCUGGAGAAUUCAAAGUCAGCAUUUGAGAAAAGCCGUUUCAAUCUUGUCAAUUCAUUGAUGAAUAUUGAAGCUAAAAAGAAGUAUGAGUUUUUGGAAUCUAUAAGUGCGAUCAUGGAUGCCCAUUUGAGAUAUUUUAAGCUUGGCUAUGACUUAUUGAGUCAACUGGAGCCAUUUAUCCAUCAGGUUUUGACAUAUGCACAACAAUCUAAAGAACAGACUAAGAUUGAACAGGAUCGGCUUGAAAGACGCAUUCAAGAAUUCAGGACCCAGUCUGAAUUAGACAGCCAACGGGCCUCUUCGAACGCUGAGCCCUCUAGCGCUGAUGGCAACCGUGUAGUUGGAAUUAUGCAGUAUAAGAAUAUUGAAGCAACUUUGCCAUCCACAGCAGACAAAGAAGUAAUUAAGCAGGGGUAUUUAUUAAAGCGAUCAUCUAGUAUCAGAGGUGAUUGGAAAAGGAGAUUUUUUGUGCUUGAUAGUCAUGGAUCCCUGUUCUAUUACAGAAACACUGGUAAUAGAUCAACGGGAACUCAGUAUCAUUAUACAGGUUCAUCUGACCAUAAUAGUAGUGUCUUCGGUAGAUUUCGUUCAAGGCACAAUAGAUCAGCUUCCCUCGCUGAUAUGAGCCUAGGCUACACUACCAUUGAUCUCCGGACUUCAAUGAUAAAGUUGGAUGCAGAGGACACGGAUCUUCGACUUUGUUUCAGAAUAAUUUCUCCUCAAAAGACUUACACAUUACAGGCUGAAAAUGGAGCAGAUAGGAUGGAUUGGGUAAAUAAAAUCACGGCCGCUAUAGCGACUCUUUUGAAUUCUCACUUUCUACAACAGCCACUGAUCAGAUACUUAAACAAAAGCUACUCUGGCUCUGGUUCUGCUGCUGAUAUCCUCUCAUUGGAUAGUCAACAAGAGAAUGAUGACAAACUAAAUAUGGCAGAUGACGUUCCCACUAUACUUCGACGAAUUCCAGGAAAUAAUGUAUGUGCAGAGUGUAAUGCUCCGGUGCCCGAUUGGGCAUCUCUAAAUCUUGGAGUUCUGCUGUGUAUUGAAUGCUCUGGUGUUCACAGGAAUCUCGGCGUUCAUAUAUCCAAGGUGAGGUCCCUCACACUGGAUGUGAAAGUAUGGGAGCCAACAAUCUUGGAGUUAUUUCGCAACUUAGGAAACGAAUUCUGUAACUCAGUGUGGGAAGGAUUACUCCUCCUUGAUAACGACAGUGAUUCCAAAUCAACAGUGACACAUGCUUCAAUUUCGAAACCAUGCCCGGAAGACUCCUUUUCUCUGAAGGAGAAAUACAUUCAAGGAAAGUACCUGGAGAGAGCGUUAGUCAUCAAAGAUGCCGGAGAUGGAAACCGUUCUGCAGCCUGUGGAAUCUGGGAAGCCGUUCAAAGCCAAAACAUACGAGAAAUUUAUCGGCUCAUAGUGACAUCGGACACAACUAUCAUCAAUACCAAGUUUGAUGAUGUUACUGAUACCGAUUCUUAUCACCAUUUGGGCAACUCGUCUGAUGAAGAUUCGCCUGCGGAAAAGAAAGGACAUGAUCCAUCCGCCUGUCGGAGAAUCAAGGAUUCCAAAGAACCUGGAAACUGUCUACAAGGUUGUACUCUGUUACACGUGGCUUGUCACAGCGGCGAUGCGGUGAUGCUCGAACUGUUGUUACAGUUCGGUGCUGACUUAAACAUGAGAGACUUUCAUGGAAGAACACCAUUACACCAUUGCAUAGCAUCAGGGAACAACACCUUUGCAAAGAUUCUACUGAGAAGAGGCGGACGGCCAUCAAUUGAGGACGGGGGAGGGCUAAGCGUUCUCGAGAGGGCUAUGGAGAUGGGAGCUAUUACCGACGAAGAACUCUUCAUUCUAUUAGCUGAAUCCUAAACAAAGAGUUUGGUUUUCAAACGACAAAGAGAGUUUGUGUGUCGGAAAACGUUCGUGGUAUCAGAUUUGCAUUGGCCCUAUUCUUUUAACCGCUUACUGCCUUGCUUUGAUCAAUUUGUAGCAAUAAGGACUCCACUGCACCAUUCCAUUGAAUAUUCCCUUGCAUUUGUAGUUUUUUUUAAUGAAAAACUCCAAAUUUAUUUCAGUUUUG